UUUUUUUUUUAUUUAUUUCUUUAAUCAUCAAAUCAUCUCAAAAUGGCUGAACUACUCGCAUUCGUAUUCGCGAUGAUCAGAAAAAGACGAUUAGAAGCCGACAAAAGAUGCUACCACAUGAAAAAACGGCACUUCAGACGAAUCAGAGCCUUUUCUAGGUUCCAAUCGAGCCAAAGGAUGUAUUUCGUAUUCAACAUAUUGCCUACGCUCCUGCUGGAACCGUCGGCCAACAGAGUGGCUUGGACCAAGAAUCGUUACUCCUACUGGUGGGACCAUAUUGUACAGAACACGUUCUCCUCUCAGGACUGGAUCGAGAAUUUCAGAAUGUCGAAACAAACUUUUGAGUAUCUGUGUAACUGUAUCAGAUCCGAUAUAGAAUAUUCCAUUCCAGAUAUGCCCAGGAGUCUUCCGAUUGAAAAAUGGGUCGCUGUAACAGUCUACAUCCUAUCUUCUGGCUGUGAUUAUCGGAUUGCUGAAAACAUGUUUGGCAUUGCAAUAUCAAGUGCACAUUCGAUUCUAAGGUCGGUGUGCCAGUCGAUAGUGAAAGUACUCAGUAAAAAAUACAUUUACAUUCCAAGAGGCAAGCAACUUGAAAGUGUGAUCGAGAGCUUUGAGAGUCGGUGGGGCUUCCCGAACUGUGCUGGCGUGAUCAAUGCCACCCAUGUACCGAUCCUCACCCCUCAGGACAACAGCACGGACUACUACAAUAGUUGCGGAUGGCCAUCGAUAGUACUGCAAGCUGUUGCCGACGAUGAGUUCUGUUUUACCAGCAUCAGCACGGGAUGGCCAGGUCGCUUGCAUAACAUCCACGUGUUUUCAAAUUCCAAAGUUUAUGAACACGGAAGAAACAGUAAAUUGUUUGUUCCUAAGUAUCGGCAGAUGGGGGACAAUGAAAUGCCAAUUGUGCUCAUUGGGGACACACAGUACCCAUUGUUGAAUUGGCUGAUGGUGCCUUUUGAGGCUGGCAGCAACAGUAAUGGUGGUAGUAGUGGCAGAAAAUUAACAGUCAUGCAAAAUACAUUCAAUAGUAGACUGGACAAUGCCAACACUGUGAUAGAGACCAGUUUCCGUCGUCUGAAGGGACGCUGGCAGUGUCUGCUGAGGAAGCAGAUUCUUAAAAUUGAUAAUGCCGCCCUGAUUGUAGAAGCAUGCUGCGUACUGCACAACAUCUGUGAGCUGAACAAGGAGCAGUUCCUAGAAGAGUGGCUGUUUGAUUAUCGGGGCUCUCAGUACCUGAAACAGCCAAACGAGCGCUUGGACACAGACAUCUACUCUGUCGAUGGUGCUUCCUCUAACAUCAGACAUACUUUUGGACGGUAUUUCAUGUCCCUUAAUUAUCAAACAAUUCUUUGACCUGGUCAACAGGUUUCUGUGGACAGUGGAACAAAAGGACGAGGAGGCAGAUAUGUCCAGAGAUCUUGACCAAUUUAAUUCAGUUCAGAUACCAAAUGUUUCGUAGAAAUUCAAUUUGACAUUAUAUUUUGUUUUAAAUUUCUAGAAUUUUUUAUAUACACACACAUGUAAACUUGUGUUUGUUAUGAAUAUUCAUAUAUGUAUAUAUAUAUAUAUAUAAAGAAUAAGGAAAAAAU